AUGGCCAUUGAGAUCACAGAUGUUGAUGAUGCAUGUUUAUGGGGACCAACCGUAGAGAAGAUUUUCAUCGAUAAUUUGGUUGAUGAAGUGAAUAAAGGAAAUAUGGCAAGUGGUCAAUUUGGCUCAAAAACAUGGGCGAAAAUUCUUGAGUUGCAAAUUAAAAGUAAGAGGAAAUACUUAAUUAAACAAAUUAAGCAAAAGUUCAAUAGGUUGCGCACUAAGUAUCGCGAGUUUGCUGAGUUGUUGAAACAAACUAGAUUUGGAUGGGAUCAUGAAACCAAUACUGUGGUUGCUUCUGAGGAAAUAUGGCAGAAUUAUCUAAGGUUCCAUCGUUCUGCUGCUUCAGGUCUGCCCAACACUGAUGAUGAAAGGGAAAUGGAGAAUGAAUUUGAUCGCAUAGACGCCCAUGAUAUUGAUGAGAAUGAUUCUACUAGUUGCUCUCGGCUUGUUGAUGAUGUUUUUAAACGUUCAACAAAAAAUUCAACAACUACAAGUACAGAGCGAAGAGCUAAGAGACAAAGAUCACAACAAAUGAGUGAUGCAAUUGUUGCAUGGACUGAGGUAGCUAAAGUAAGAGCAGAGGCCACUUUAGCUAAAGCUAAAAAAUACAAGAGUACAACCGAAGGAGGAGGAAGCCAAAAUCAUGAGUUUUCUCUCACAAAUUGUAUGCAAAUCCUCGAAGGAAUGGAAGAAGUCAGUGAUGAUGCCUACAUGAAAGCUGUUGAGAAAUUUAAGGAUCCAGAUUGGAGAGAGAUUUUUAUUAAUAUGUCUACUAUUAGAAAGAGAGCUUGGUUAGAUAGGCUUUGA